UCCCACUACGUGCUGCGUCCAAUGGCCGGCGUGAAAACUAGCCUUUUUCACUGACUCAAUUUAGCUUAUCGAUGGUGCAAAUAUGUCUAUAUUGUAUACGAUUUUAUGCACAAGAUUCAACUUCUUAGAAAUGCGGUAUCGUUAUUUUGAAUGACUGUAGCCCAAGGAAAACACAGUCAGACGACAAUUCGGUCAUCCCAAAUAGUGUGAAGCAUGGCACGAGAGUCCUGGAAACGUUGUUAGGACGGACAGUCAAUGGGAGAGGAGGGCACAUAAGUUGGAAACGAUGUCUUACAGUAACCGUGAGCUGGUGGUGUUCUUCAUAAGCUAUAAACUUUCACAGAGGAAUUAUCCUAUUUCUCAGUUGGCACUGGAAGAUGCCAGUGAACGGACUAAUGUUGACAAGACCAAUGUCUCCCCAGUUAAUGGAUCUGAAAAUGACCGAAAUUGCAUAGGCAGUCUGGGGAUAUCUUCAUCUCCACAGGGGGGUAUAGAGGCGGUUAAAGCAGCUCUUAGAGACUCUGCAGAUGAGUUUGAAUUGCGUUACACCAGAGCCUUCAAUGAUCUCUCUUCUCAACUGCAUAUCACCCCUGCCACAGCAUACCAUAGCUUUGAAAGUGUAAUGAACGAGGUGUUCAGGGACGGCGUCAACUGGGGACGUGUAGUAGGCCUGUUUGCUUUUGGUGGUGCUCUUUGUGCUGAGUGUGUCGAGAAGGAUAUGAGUCACCUGGUAGCGCGUAUUGCAGAUUGGAUGACCACCUACCUGGACAACCACAUCCAGCCAUGGAUACAGAGACAGGGUGGAUGGGACCGAUUUGCUGACAUUUUCGGCAGGGAUGCUGCUGCUGAGGUUCGACGUUCCCAGGAGAACCUAAGAAGAUGGCUGCUAGUAGGGGCGAUACUGCUUGCAGGAGUGUUGGUCGGCUCUCUCAUUGCAAAGAAACAUCAUUGAAGUGGAAAAGCUGCACCCAGUUAACCCUCAGUACAUUUAAACGCUAAAUUGGCAUAAAAUAGAACGGAAUAGUUUAUGUUUACAUUAGCCCAGUCUGCUUGUGCACUGACCAGAAUCCUGAUUCCUAGCCCUGGCUGAAGAAGCUUUUGGGCUGAUACAUGUAGCUUGGUGAGUUAUUUUACUUCUCACCUUUAUUCGUCUUGUCCUGCAAUUUUCUCACAUUUCCAAGUUACCUGUAACAUAACAUUUUAUAAUAUUGUUUCUAUAUUGUUAUUGCUUUGUUUUGAUUUUAUGGACAGUGGUGUUGCACUCAAAACAGUAGAUGCUGUAAAUGGACCUGAUAAGCUAAGAGUGAGUGGGAUAUUUACAGUGGUUGUGAUAAGAGACUGUUUGUGUUCUUUUUAUUAUGUUAGCGUGUUAUCAACCAUACCCGAGGAGCAAUUUUAAGAAUGUGUUUCAAAUGGACAUUUGAAUUAUACUCAGCAUUCCAAAAGAUUAUAAUUACUUUGCCUCUUUAAGUUCAUUCACAUCGUACAACUGAUUUAUUUUGCCAUUUUCUAAUGUUAAAUUCCAUCUUGCUGUACUUGAUUACGGGCAUGCCUAAAUAAUAAAACAUAUUUAUGUUUUUAUUGUUUUAAAUUAUUUGAUGGUUGAUUAUGAAUUGGACAGAGUGCAUAUUUACAAUAUUAGUACAUUUUAAAUUUUGAAUAAUUCAGAUAGACGAAUAGGGAGUGUUUCUGUUUCACCUUAUCUAAUCAGUAUGCCUUAAUCAGGGUGUGUAAUUGUUAAUCAGGUUUCAAGGAUAUUGAUUGAUGUAGAAAUACAGAUCGUUAUCGCGUUACAGAGGUGUGAUUUAGAAGUUUAUCACAUGGAUACAAAUGUUGUUCUUAUUGCUGCAGUCUUAUAGUCUCCCAUUGGGGGGCGAUGUGUACAGUAUAAACUGAGUGAUUGUUUUCACCAACCUAUUCAAGUCCAGAAUGACCUUUUUAAUCUUUUUAAUUAUAUGAUCCUGCCUAAUUUAUUGGAUACAAUGCAUUUUUG